GUUUCUCGCAGCGCCUUUAUGGGCGGGGAGGUGUCGCUGGAAAAUAGGCCGCAAGCGAGCGGGCGAUGGAGAUUAAGGAUAAAAUAUUCGCAGGCAAACCUUCGCCUCGCAGCUCCUUCGCUCUCCACUGCUUUCCCGUCGCUCCAUGGCCGACGAUCUCUCCGAGCAGAAGGACGAGAAGGGCAAAGCGGAGGGAGGGAGUGAGCCAGUGAGCGAGGGCAGGGAGGGGAGAGAGGAGGACGGGGUAGAGGAGCAGAGCAGAGCAGCCCAUGUGAGGGGGGGAGGAGAUUCUGAGCCACUUGUCCCAAUUGUUCGGCCAAGACUUUCUCGCCCAUCGAGGGAGGGUACGGGCGAGGGGCUAUGGCGUAAUCGUGCAUUUCAUUCUUAUGUUGCAGUGAACAAAGAGACAAGAAAUGGCGCUGCUUUCGAGUGCGUCUGCGCUGCACCAUCGGCAGCAGCAUCAGCUGCUGCGGAGCAUCCGCUCGACGAUCCCAUCACCAACCUCCAUCUCGUCCACUGCAGCUGCACAUUUAUCAUCUCCCAGAUGCCGAGCUCCACUUGCCGCUCUUGAAUUUACCACUCCCACUGCUUCUGCUCCAGGUGCGCUACAGCUUCCUCAUCUUCUUUCGUCUUCUUCUCCUUCCGCCCCUCGCCGCUUCUCUCGAUGCUACUCGAAUUCGAGGGUUUCUAGGCACCUGGUGAGGGCUGCUGCGGACGAGAGGUCCGUCCUGCCGCAGCAGAAGGGCGACGAGCCCGCAGGAGCUGCGGUCGAGAAGAAGAGGGAGUUCUUCCUUCCGUCCACUCUAGAAGAGAGCAUCGACCAAGCACGGACAGCGAGUCGACAAGCCAUCAAAGAUGGAAUCAAGAGGAUGCAGCUGGAGGUGUUGCUGCCGCUAAUCGGGGCAACGGACCUGGACGAUUGGCCUGGAGGUAUCCAGCAGCAAUUCAAAGCUGCCGGGCCGGUCGUCACGUCGCUGCUCUCGGGCCUUGUCGACUCUGAUAAUUACAAGGCCGAGGGGGGAUAUCGAAGCUACAUCAUCGAUGAUAGUGACGCCGUUGGAGCGUGGGAAAAUGACGACGCUGCCUUGGUGCUGUUCCCCACAGCCGAGUCGCUCGACAGCGUCCAAGCUUUGGCAGCAGCCAAGGAGGACAGGCCUCUGCUGCUCGUCAAUGUCCAGUGGCAAAGCGGACAGGUGAUCUCGGAUUUCGGGUUCGGUGCACAGAAGCGAUCUAGAGAGGAAUUCGUGAACAGCUUUGAGGUAGUCUAUUUUUUGAAGCAAAUGCGAAUGCUGGGAGAGGAUUUGCGUCUGCUUAAGCGAUAUCCCGGAGACUGGCAGGUCUUCGUGAUGGAUGCUGCCGGGGGCAGCGAGUGUGUAGCGGUUGAACCUCAAAGGCCAUCUUACAAGGCCCUGGAAGCUUUACUCAAAAGUAGAAAAGGUUCCAAGGCUGGGCAAGGCUGGCUGUCCAGAUUGUUCUCGGAAUUCGAAUUCAAUCAGAAGUCUUUGAAAGAUUGACUUGUAAUAUAAACACCACUUUUCUCGAGUUCGGACGGUACUGACAGCUUCCUUUCAUGACAGCGUUUGUGCUGGUAGACUCACUCUGUGAAGUACCAGCAAGCCCAGACCAUUCAUAUGCAUAGCCGUAUUGGUGUGAAAUCGGGCAGAAUUUCUCAUCAAGUUUAAAACCAUCCACAUGAAGACAUUCUGCUCGUCGUACGUUCGAGCUAAUUUAUUAUUUGGACUUCAACAUUGUCCGACUGUUGACUUCAACAGCAUGGGUGUUCGGGAUCACGCGAAAUUCAUGUCCGCCAUCAGGAUCCAGAUUCACUGCACUGCUAUCCAUCUCAACUCAUCUAACUUCAUCAAUUUAUCCGAACAUACGAACCCUGGUAACUCCCCACUGUCGUCGUGAGGGAUGUCAAACCGACCAACUUGCAAAGCGUUACAGUUGCGAAGCAAGUGUCUGCUGCACGUUCAUGCCACUAGUGCGAUUGAAGACACAGAAGGUGGGCAAGUCCUCUGGGACGGUCCAAUGGAUGGGCUGGGAAGACGAGUCAUUAUGAAGUGCUUCGGGUGAAAAGUCGGGGCUGUCUCAUGCCCUCCUCUAGUUAUGUUCGCUGUUGGCCUUGUACGCGUAACGUUACAUUGUGUCGCGAAAGGAACCUUCUUUCGCAGAUCAAGAAAGUGCGUUACGAGCUUUACGACCUCAUCUAAUGCCCUGCCCUGAUUCCAAACAUAUCAGUCCACCUACGCAUUUGCCUUGAAGCAUAUUGCAGUCCUCCGAUUAUGACAGCGAGCAUCAGCGCCGCGGCAAACCAAACUUCACCAAACACAGCUUUGUCAAUUUCCGCAAUCAUUUGUGUACCGAAGUAAACCGUCUCGCAUGUUGCUUUCCGAUGCCUUUUGAAGAUCUCUAUGCAAAGAAGUAUAUUCCCAG